AUGGGAUUAAACUCGAGGAUUUUGUUUCUUAACCACUUCCAAGUUCACCGAACUGUACGGGUAAAUGUACAACCGGUUAGAUGCUGUCGAUCGAAACAAAUGCCAUUAACGAAAGAAGUGUUGUCCAAGUUCCUACGGCCUCGAUUCUCCAAGCCAAAUCAGCUGAAGAAGAUCCAUGCGCUCGUUUUGACGACGGGUCUCUCUGUGAAGAACAGCCUCUUAACCCAGCUGUUGGAGAAUCUCGUGGCUUUAGGUGACAUGUGUUAUGCGCGCCAACUGUUCGACGAAAUGCACAAGCCAAGGAUCUACCUCUGGAACACCCUUCUCAAGGGGUACGUCAAAAACCAGAUGCUUGUUGAAAGUGUCUUUCUUUAUAAGAAAUUGGUUGACCUUGGUAUUCGUCCUGACGAAUAUAGCUACCCGUUUGUUGUUAAGGCAUUUGCCGAGCUCGGUGACUUGUUCAAUGGCUUGGCUCUGCAUGCCCAUGUCGUGAAACAUGGACUGGAGCAUCUGGGAAUAGUUAGAACUGAGUUGGUGAUGAUGUACGUGAAGCUUGGCCAACUCAGCUCGGCUGAGUUUUUGUUUGAAACUAUGGAAGAUAAAGAUUUGGUAGCUUGGAACGCGUUUAUUGCCGUAUGCGUUCAAGUGGGGAAGUCGGCUAAGGCUGUUGAAUAUUAUCACAGAAUGUGUACGGAUAGAGUUCAGUUUGAUGCUUUCACCGUCGUGAGCUUGCUCUCGGCUUGCGGUCAGCUUGGUUGUUUGGAGAUGGGAGAGGGAAUUUAUGAUCGUGCGAGGAAAGAGGGGGUUGAUUGUAACUUAAUUGUCGAAAAUGCAAAGCUUGACAUGUACGUGAAAUGCGGUAGCAUUGAAACUGCGAGGGUUUUCUUCGAGGAAAUGAAGCAAAGGAACGUUGUCUCGUGGAGCACGAUGAUUGUAGGAUAUGCAAUGAAUGGAGAAAGUGGAGAAGCAUUGACGCUGUUCACUGGAAUGCGGAAUGAGGGGAUAAGACCUAACCACGUGACUUACCUCGGUGUCCUGUCGGCUUGUUGUCAUGCUGGCUUGGUGGCUGAAGGGAAAAGGUUUUUUAAUCUUAUGGUUCAAUCAAACGAUAAGAAUCUUCAGCCCAGAAAGGAACAUUACGCUUGCAUGGUUGAUCUCUUGGGACGAUCUGGCCGUCUGGACGAGGCUUAUGAAUUUAUCGAAAGAAUGCGAAUGGAACCAGAUGCGGGCAUCUGGGGAGCCCUGUUGGGUGCUUGUGCUAUUCAUUGUAACAUCAACUUGGGCCAGAAAGUUGCAGACUUGCUUAUGGAAACCACUCCGGACAUUGGUUCAUAUCAUGUUUUGCUGUCUAACAUAUAUGCAGCUGCUGGUAGGUGGGACUGUGUUGAAAAAGUGAGGCGCAACAUGAGAAAACAGGGUAUCAGAAAGGUUACUGCUUAUAGUUCCAUCGAAUUUGACGGUCAAAUCCAUGUUUUCCAUGGAGGGGACAGGUCGCAUCCACAAUCAAAGGCCAUAUACGAGAAACUGGAUGAAAUAUUGAAGAAGAUAAAGAGCUUGGGUGUUCCUGAGACUGGUCCGGUGUUUCAUGAUGUUGAAGUUGAGGAAAAGGAAGCUUCCCUCAGCCAUCACAGUGAAAAGCUUGCGAUUGUGUUUGGGCUCAUAAACGUGAGAGGUGGAUCUGCCAUAAGGGUGAUGAAGAACUUGAGAACCUGUGAUGAUUGCCAUGUUUUCUCAAAGUUAGUCUCUAGAAUUACUCCGAGGGACAUCAUCAUGAGAGACAAGAAAAGAUUUCACCAUUUCAGAAAUGGUGUUUGCUCUUGCAGAGAUUUCUGGUGACUCCAUAUGGGCUAUAUAUGUAUAUGAUCCUGAUCAUGAUUUUGUAUCUCUGGACUUGUUUGAAGCCAA